AUGGAGAAUAGCCCUCACACACUGCCACCCUCAUCGCCAUGUCCUACCUCAUUUGGAGGGACCCUGCCUUUCUGCUCCUCGCCGCAGCAGGCCUGCUCAGAUGGCCGUGUUUCACUCCCGCUUUCGCCUAUUUCGUUCCCCCCGUCCCCUACCUCACUUUCUCCAGCAACCGCAGAGUCUGUUCACUUUUCCUCUGCUCUUUCACACUGCACAGCAUCUGAGUGCCUGAAAGGACAAAACACACAGUGCCUCAGCCCGGCAAACAUGUCUGACCAAGAUGACCUGACAUGCCUCAGCUGGCUGCAUCAGAGGGGCAACCUGCUACCACUGCAGCCCCUCCCCAAAAUGACACUGCUGCCUCAUUUAGAGCCCUCCACACCUACCCAUCCUCUUCCUCCGGCCCUGUCCAAGCCACCGUACUCCUUCAGUAGUCUGAUUUUCAUGGCAAUAGAAGACUCCCCUGACAAGAGGCUUCCAGUGAAGGACAUCUAUGAAUGGAUUGUGAACAGUUUCCCCUACUACAGGACAGCUUCUGGAGGCUGGAGGAACUCUGUUAGACACAACCUGUCCCUGAGCAAGAGCUUCCGCCGCAUCCAGAGGGACAAAAGCCAGUCAGUGGGGAAGGGAUCGCUGUGGUGUGUGUGUCCAGAGUACCGGCCGGCGCUCCUCGAGGUCCUGAGGAAGACCCACAGUUAUCACAGCACCAACAGCAAUCUGAUAAAGAAGCCUACACUGUUGGAAGAAGCUGAAUUUGGGCUGCCUGCAUUGUCUGACUCUUUCGAAAUAUCAGAUCCUCUUUCUCACACCCUCCUCCUGUCCACGUCCUCACCGCAAAACUUGACUAGUGGUAACCCAACUUUCUCUGAAAACCCUCUGUGCCCUUUGACCCCGGAUCAUGAGGAGCUUGUCACCAUGGAAUCGGUUGAAUACCAGCAGGAGGAGGUCAGCGAGGAGAUGGAGAAGGACCCCCUGUCAGACAGCGGGUACAUUGAGUUACACUAUUACCACUCUCAGCAGUACCUAUUGCUGCCGGGUGACACCGAGUUGGACCUGGAGACUGUGGAGAUCCUUCAGCUCGAUGCCGAGGCCCAGGAGGCUGCUGGGUCACUGCUGGACCUAGCAGGUGGAGGAUAUUAA